AUGCAUAAGCAAGAAACAACUGCUGAUCUGUCUCUAAGUGCACUUAAAAAUCCAAAUAGCGAAGGCAGGUUUCCAGCCUUUUCAUUCCCUUAGGCCAGUCAAGGCUUUUCUUCCUUGCUUCUUUUUAUUUUCAAAGGUGUUGUUGAACAUAUAGCCUUUAUAGCAACAAUAAUUGCAUCAUUUUUAUUCCUCAGACCCCCAGCCUAUGCAAAGUGUGGAAGAUCCAACGAACCAAAGCACUGUUAA